AUGGACGGCACCCUGGUAGACUCCACCGCAGGUGUCGUAGGCGCAUGGGAGACAUUCGCAGAGACCUACCCCGGUUUGAACGUGACAGAAAUCCUUAGCACCUCCCAUGGCGUACGGACCGUCGAGAACCUGAAAAAACAUUGCGGUAUCACAGACCCGGACGAGCUUGAGCGAGAAGCGUCCCGAUUCGAGAAGGAAAUCGUAAACUCCUCCAAGAAGAAUGGUCGGCGGGGCAUAGUCCAAUUACCAGGUGUUCGCGAGAUCAUGGCCGAACUGCUUCCGGGUCGGUCACUGCCCAAACCCUGCUGGGCUAUCUGCACCUCCGCCACUCGGGAUUACGCUGCCGCCGCCCUGGAGAUGGCUGGUGUUCCGGUUCCCGAAGCAUUCGUUGUCGCAGAAGACGUUCAACAGGGCAAGCCCGCGCCUGAUCCGUACUUGCUCGGCGCAAAGAAAGCUGGCGCAGACCCCAAGAAAUGCCUUGUCGUGGAAGACGCUCCCGCCGGAAUUCGCAGUGGGCAAGCGGCAGGCUGCAAAACCCUAGCGCUCGUUACCUCGCAUACUCGGGAGCAAAUGGAGGCCACUAAGCCCGACUAUCUGGUGACGAACCUCGCGAGCGUAACAAUGAAGAGGAUCGAAGGAGGUGUCGAAGUCACCAUUCAUAUGCCGUAG